CGAAAGCCCCCACCAAAAGAGAGGAACCCACAACCUCACAUCAACCUUCACCACCACAACCACAAACCCCAAUUGCCGUCGUUAUCCACCAUGUCUAAACGUGCCGCCGACACUGAUUCCUCCCCGGGGGCACUCAAGAACCUCUCGCGCGAAACCGACGCCGACCAAGAUGCCAAAAGGCUCGCGGAAAUGGGAGAAUUCGAGGACCAGUACGGCGACGAUUUCUCGGACGAUGAGGAGGAGGUUCUAGAGGCUGGAGCAGACGGAGAGGACCCCGGUGAGGACGAGACCAUGGAGAAUACCAUGGACCUCGACAAGCAGGUGUAUAUCCCGUCGCGACACAAAUUGGCGAAAGAUGAGAUCCUGGAGCCCGAUUCGAGCGCGUACCAUAUGCUACAUCGCAUGAACGUCAAAUGGCCGUGUUUGAGCUUUGAUGUCUUGACGGAUGACCUGGGAGAUGAGAGGAGGAGCUACCCGCACACUGUUUACAUGGUCGCUGGAACCCAGGCGCAGCGCGCGAAGGAUAACGAGAUUGUGGUCAUGAAGCUCAGUGGACUACACAAAGAACGGCAGGACAACGACGACGAGGACGAAGAGGACGAUGAUAGCGAUACCGAGGAUGACCCGAUUCUGGAAUCGCGCAGCAUCCCCACCAACAUCACCACGAACCGUCUCCGCGUUUCGCCACACUCGAAAACUGCUGCCACCAUGGCGGAGUCUGGAGAGGUGUUUAUCUGGGACCUUGCCCCUCACUACCGCAGCUUCGAUGCCCCGGGCACCAUUAUCCCACCAGCUGCCAAAAAGCCAUCGCACACUCUGAGGAUGCACAAGCGGACAGAAGGUUAUGCCAUUGACUGGUGUCCACAUCCCCGAGAAGCCCUGGGUAAGCUGGCGACUGGAGACAAUGACGGCAAGAUAUUCGUUUCGAAGCGGAAAGAGGACGGCAGCUGGGCGAGUGAUGGACCAUACACCGGACACACCGGCAGCGUGGAGGAAAUUCAGUGGUCACCUAGUGAGCGCCACGUGAUGUGCUCAGCAUCAUCGGAUGGAACCGUCAAAAUUUGGGAUGCCCGAGCAUCAAAGAAGCACCAGCUCUCAGUCGACGUCUCGAGUUCUGAUGUAAACGUAGCAUCGUGGUGCAAAUCCGUCGACUACCUUCUCGCCACCGGUGCGGACGACGGAGUGUGGGGUGUUUGGGAUCUGCGAACAUUUCCCAACGCUACACAAGGCAAGACUGUCAGCGCGACGGCGAGCUUCACAUUCCACCAGCAGCCGAUCACCAGUGUCGAGUUCCACCCUACGGAAGACAGCGUGGUGGCCGUCGCUUGUGCGGAUAAUACGAUCACACAGUGGGAUAUGUCCGUGGAGUUGGACGACGAGGAGAGCAGAGAUACCGGUGGUGUUGCUGAUGUGCCACCACAGCUCAUGUUCGUCCACCACAUGCCUGAGGUCAAGGAGUUGCACUGGCAAAAGCAGGCGCCCAGCGUGGUUGUUGCUACGGGUGGGGAAGGAUUUAAUGUUUUCAAGACGAUCUCUGCAUAGUCUCAAAAUAAUAGAGUUGUUACACUCAAUUGUAGUCAAAAGUUUCAUUGCACUGUUCAUCACUCGUCAAAUACCUAUGAUUGUUCGGUUUUUAGCCCCAUAGGGCGUAAAAUGGCUGUUGGCUGAAACCCAUCACUUCUAAGCUUCCGAGGAUUUGUACUAAUGUAAUAGCUAUCCUUAAAAUGAAGUCUGAUAACCAGACUCCAAUU